AUGUCUUGUCCUAUUUCUUCAUUAGUUCUCAAUUCUCCAAAUGAAAACGAUGUUAGUAAUGAACCUACUAAUAAUCGUAGUUCUCUAAAUGAAGAAAAUAUUAGUGGUUCAAAAAAAUCAAAAAAAAGAACAUUGUCUAUUUAUGAUUACCUUAAAAUUAAUGAAAAUGGCACUCAUACUACUGCUAUAAACCUCUACUCAAAUAUUCAAAUAACUGAAGAUUUAGCCUUAUCAACCAGUAGUUCUUCCUGUACUGCAAUACUAACAACAAUUCCUAUAAAAGAAGAAAUUCGAAAUAAUGCAACAGCUCAAAAACAGAUAGCUAGUUCUAAAGAAAUUGCUAAAAAAAAAUUAAAGAAGGUAGUUAGAUAUGAUAAAAGUGGUAGACCAUCAUUCUUACUUCAACACCUGGAUUUGUUAGAACAUAUACAUGAUUCAGUUGAGUAUGAAUUAGCAGAUGCACGUAGACCUGUAGCUGGAGUUUUACGUGACAAAACAAAGUAUCAUCCUGAUGGUCACUAUUGUCUUGCUUCUGUAAAAGGAGCAAGGCAAUUUGCACAAACCUUUGCUGAAUUUUCUGUUAUUAUCUCACAAGAUGAUAAAGCGAAAAUAAGUUUAGGUAUAGCUGCAAUUGGCAGAACAUUUCAUAUCUUGCAAUCAUCCUCUCAACCAGUCCAAAUACCUAAUCAUGACUUUGUACAUGGAAGUAAUCAAAAACUUAUUCCCUCAGUUUACCUUAUAAUUAAACCAAGUGAAGCUAAUGAUAACCUUCGGACAAGGCAAGUUGCAAUUUUUGUUUGGCCUCAAUGGUCAAUCGGCACAUCAUCUAUUACCCACAUGGAAGAUCUUACUUGUCUUGUAUUGGAUAAUCAAUAUUCUGAAGCACUAAAAGUGAAUGGUGAUAUAAAACCAAUAUGGAUAUUAUUAGUUGAUGAUGGACCUGAUGAAAAUCCCAGGCACCUUAAAAAUAUUGAAUCAUAUUGCAAGAUUUUUAAAAAAUUUGACCUUGAUUACUUGUCUAUACGUACGCAUGCCCCGGGCCAAUCGAAAUAUAAUCCUGUUGAAAAAGGUAUAGCUACACUUUCUAGUAAGUUAGCUGGGGUUGUAUUGCCAAUAGAUCAUUUUGGAAAACACUUUGAUAGUCAGGGUAGAGUUAUUAAUAAUGAAUUAGCAAAUAAAAAUUUUCAUUAUGCUGGUUCUAUGCUAAGUGAUAUAUGGAGUCGGGAUCCUAUCUUUGGAAAAUAUGUAAAAACAACAUAUGUCGACAAAAUAACUAAUCCAUUCGUGAAUAUUUAUUUUGAGUUGUUUAAAGUUCCUAAAUAUGAUGCCCAUUGUCCAUCUAUUGACCAAACAACAUAUUCUCGACUUUGCUGCUUAAUUUGUCAUAAGUAUUUUUCAACUCUAUCAUAUGUAGCAAAGCAUAAAUGUUUACAACAUUUAUCUACUCAUGGAAGGCCCAAAAAAAAACCAAAAAAUUCAGAAUCAAUCGCAGAAUUCGUUCUAAUUACAAACUCUGCAACUAUGGAAGACUUGAACUUACCAUUUCUACAACAAAAUGAAAAUGAAUUUUUUAAUGAAUGCAGAAAAUGUUUUUCAGAUAUAGAAUAA